AUGUAUAGUGUUGCCACUGCGAAGUUCUUUUCUGCCCUUGGGAUAGAGGACUUCCCUGUAUUUGCACUCGUGGCGGAGGGGUCCCUAGGUGUGCUGACCUGUCUACGCUGGCCGUCUGCGCAGUAUGUCAAGAUGUUAGAAGCUAAUGCGCGGUCUUUCGACAUUGCUACGCCCAUUGGCGCCUUCCACUUUGCCACUUUUCUGUGCCUCUUGGCCACAGAGUACGCAGAUGAAGUGGGGAGAAAGCUGGAGGAGGUCAAGGGCGAUUUCAUUCGCAAAUACAAGAACAGCGACCCUAGCCUGCGAUGGAACAUGAAACAACAAAUUUAG